CAGGGUCCAAGGAGAAUGAAUAUGGUGAAUGCAGGGUCCGGGGAGACCAGAUAUAGUGAACACAGGGUCCAGGGAGACUGGAUAUAGUGAAUGCGGGGUCCAGGGGGAGCGGAUAUAGUGAAUGCGGGGUCCGGGGAGAGCAGAUAUAGUGAAUGCAGGGUCCGGGGAGAGCAGAUAUAGUGAAUACAGGGUCCGGGGAGACCAGAUAUAGUGAAUGCAGGGUCCGGGGAGAGCGGAUAUAUAGUGAAUGCAGGGUCCGGGAGAGCAGAUAUAGUAAAUGCAGGGUCCGGGGAGAGCGGAUAUAGUGAAUGCUGGGUCCGGGGAGAGCGGAUAUAGUGAAUGCAGGGUCCGGGGAGA